CAAUAUAACCGUAUUAACAAAUAUAUACGAAGAUACAAGGAAUAUUCAAAGUCUUGUACAUGCUAUUAAAGGCCCGUCGGUAAUUAAUGAUACAUACAAGGUUACACUUGCUUCUGUAGGAGUUAGAUGGAUACCAAGAACAGAACUUGAACUUAAAGUUGUCAUUCGUAAUAUAUUAGACGCGCUUGUGGGUCUACAUGAAUUAGGUUAUGUUCACCGAGAUAUUCGGUGGCCUAAUAUUCUGCGAUUGAAUAAUUAUAGUUGGAUAUUGAUUGAUUUGGAAUGUGCUGGUGUUAGCGGUGAAAGGGUGCAGUUUAAACCAUUAGAAGGAUGGGCACCUGAGACAAAUGAAACCGGGGUAUACACAACAAAGGCAGAUGUUUAUAUGGUAGGAAGGUUAUUGAGCAAAAUUUUCUUCUUAUUAUCUGAAGAAGCACGUGAGUUUGAGAAGGUCAUCACCACCAAUUUGAAGUUUCGCUUAACAGCUCAAGAAGCUCGACAGCACCCUUGGCUUACAGAUAUACAAGAAUAA